UGGGUUGUCCACGGAGCAGUUGAUGUAGACAUUGGUGCCAACCCUUCUGCUGAAGGUGCUGAUGAGGGCGAGGGUGUUGAUGAUGCUGCUGUCAAGGUCGUUGACAUUGUCGACACAUUCAGGCUCCAGGAGCAGCCCCCUUUUGAUAAGAAGCAAUUUGUUGCAUACAUCAAGAAGUACAUCAAGCUGUUGACACCCAAACUCGAUGAGGAGAAGCAACAGGAGUUCAAGAAGAGCAUUGAAGGGGCAACUAAGUUCCUGCUCUCAAAGCUCAGUGACCUCCAAUUUUUUGUUGGAGAGAGCAUGCACGAUGACAGCACCAUGGUGUUUGCAUACUACAAGGAAGGUGCCACCGAUCCAACUUUCUUGUAUUUCGGCCAUGGUUUGAAGGAGGUCAAAUGUUAAAUAAUGGAACUGUGAUCACUGUGCUUGGUACUUGUUGUACCUCUACUUUUUCAAUAUUGUUGGUUGUUUGGCUUGAUAUUUGUACUAUUGCUACUUCUUACUCUUGCAUAUUGUUAUGUUGGAACAUAGUAUUAGAUUGCUGGAUAAUUAAAAACAGUUUUGAUCGAAGUGAUCAGUAUUUUGAAUUUAUUCUUUA